AUGAGGCAUUCUAAUCGUCUUUCAAAGCAACUAAAAGAUAAUCAGAUCACAUACAACGACCAAAAGACGCUCUGUAUUACCAUCCCUAUUCAAGAAACCCUCCACCUUCCUCCGGCCUCCCUCCUCCGCCUCCGGCCUCCCACCGCCGGCUCCUCCUUUUUCCCCCCUCUCCGCCGCCCUAUCCGCCUCCACUGGCCAAAUUGUUUAAGGAACUUCGUUGCUUAUCAUCUAGGCCAAAUUAUGCAAGAAUCAUUAAAAAGAAAGUUUCAUGUCUCAUCUUCUUCGAGUAAUAAUCGUAUGAGAAUUGAUUUGGAAGACCUUCCAUGGGAUCCCGCCGAACGAAAACCAAUAUUGUCUUAUGACGUUAACCAAAGAGAUGAAAUUAGACGGGCAUAUUUGAAUAAAGGUCCAUGUCAACCGCAAGGUCAUGUUUUUCCAAAACGAGAUAUUGGUGGUAGAAUGAGACAAUUUAAUCCCGAUUGGUUUAAGGAAUUUGGAUGUUGGUUAGAAUAUAGUGUAAAAUUGGAUGCCGUAUUUUGCUUGGUUUGCUACUUGUUCAAAGAAAGUGGUCAAAAAGAUGCAUUUGUGACCGACGGAUACAAUGGUUGGAAUAAAAAAGAUAGAUUGGGUAUUCAUGUAGGUGUGCCUUUCAACCUAAGCCAAAAACACAAAAUCGAGUAUAGAAUCCGAUUAAGCACAUCAGUUAUUCUUGCUAAAGCUUUAUUGAACGGUGCAUUACCGUUUCGCGGUCAUGAUGAGUCUGAGAGUUCAAGUUAUAAAGGACAUUUCUUGGAAUUUUUAAAACUAUUGGGAGAGUUGAAUGAGUCCAUUGGUAAGGUUAUAUUAGGAAAUGCUCCGGGGAAUAACCAAAUGACGUCUCCAAAAAUUCAGAAAGAUAUUUGUAAUUGCUUUGCACAAGAAGUGUUAAAACAGAUUUUUGAAGAACUAGCUGAUGAUGUGUUUUCUAUAUUAGUUGAUGAGUCUCGUGAUAUAUCUAAAAAAGAACAAAUGGCCGUCGUUUUGAGAUAUGUUGACAAGCAUGGGGUUAUUAAAGAGCGAUUUAUCGGCCUUGUUCAUGUCAUGGAAACAUCAGCACUAUCUCUGAAAUCAGGCAUUGAUGAUUUAUUUUCUCGAUAUAAUUUAAGUUUGGCAAGGGUUAGAGGUCAAGGAUACGAUGGUGCUAGCAAUAUGGCCGUUAUAUCCAACAAUUAUUGA